UCAGUUAGUUUGAAGUUAUGGCAUGUGUCACUUAAUAUCUCGUUUAUAGCUUAAAUAUAUAUGAAAUACUUUUUGUAUGUGCAAUGAAUUUCUCCAACUGAUCUUGAGAAUUCGACUGUUAAGAUAUAGUGUAGUUUUACGUCCUUAUUUUUUUUAGAAAUCCUCCGAGCAACUUGGCGUUGUUGGUUGUGCUGAGCUUACAUUCUAGACCUGUUUAGUUAUUCAUAUAUCGAAAUGUGCAUUUUUAAGUGGUGGAAUUUUAUUACUUGUUUAUUGUAGAAUGCCAGCGUCUUUGAUUUGCUGUUAUAUUUUCAAAACGUUGAUUUUAUUUUACGUAAAGAGGGCAAUGCACUGUGUUACGACAGAAAUCUAGAAGUCACUACUUUUUUGAUGAGGUAGCAAAAUUACAAAAGCAAAUAAGAUCUAAACUACUAGUGUCAUCUAGUUUGAUUAUUACACAUCGUACUUGGCAUUUCUUUGGAUCUGAGAGACGAAAGUUAUCUGUUACUCAUGUACUGAUUACAGGAUGCCUACAUAUAAUCAAGUUGAAGGGGAAGAUGCUACUGAUAAUGAUGUAGAAUCAGAUGGCCAACAGACUAUUUACACUAGACAUAAACCACAUUUGUCAAGAACUACUGUAAAAGAUGCACCAGAAACUCUAGAAAAUGAAACUGUGUCUGGAACUAAUGAAAAAAGCAUUAAACUUGUAAAUAAUCAGCGAAGCAGUAAUAGGUUGACUAAAAGAUUAAAAAGGGACACUAGUCCUGUUGAUCCUAGUUUGAAAAAAUCAGUUGCUACAAAACCAGCAGCUGCUUCUAUUGGAUCCAAGACACGAAGACCAUGGGAGCUAUGGAGUGUUGAGGACAAAAAUGCUUUCUUUGAAGCAUUAUGUGAAUAUGGAAAGGAUUUUGAGAGUAUACAAAGCUACAUUGCACAACGAAGCAAGAAGAAGGGUAUUGCAGCAAAUAUGAUUAAAAACAAAGAUCAAGUUCGCCAUUUCUAUUACAGAACAUGGCACAAAAUAUCCAAAUUUUUAGAAAUAAGUGAAUUUGUAAGAAAGCAAACUCAAGAGCUUUAUGGACUGAUCAAUUAUGCUGAGCUGCGGAAGAAAAUAGGAGGAUGUUUGAAUGAGAAGAAUCGUCAGAAGCUGAAUGAAUUGGUAUUCAGUGGUGUAACUACAGUGAAGCACAAGGGAAAGAAACUCCGAAUUAAAACGCCUGUUUGUAGAGCACUGAAAAAGUUAAAUAAUGUAUCAGAUACCAAAGAGCCAGAGACUGACAAAUUGCCAAAAGACAUUUUUGUUGAAUUUAGGCCACAUACAAAUGCUGCUUGGCUUCAUGUACAAAAUUUAGCGCACAAUCCCAGAGUGCGGACAAAAGUAUGUUUACAAAAACGUUUAAAACCUGUGAUAGAGCAUCUACAAAGAAGAUGGAGACCUUACCGAUUAAAAAGA